AUGGAUUGGCUCCCUCACCGAACGCCUGCUUUCCUCUUCCUUUUAUUGGUACUCUUGGAUUGCAGCACAGGAUUUCAUGUAGAGGUAAAAGAAUGGGAUGAAAAUGGAAUGGCAAGAUGGAAAACCUUCAGAAGACAAAAACGUGAAUGGAUCAAAUUUGCUGCAGCUUGUAGAGAAGGAGAAGAUAAUUCUAAGAGGAAUCCAAUUGCCAGAAUCCGAUCAGAUUGUGAAGAAAAACAUCCAAUCACAUACAGCAUCUCUGGAGUUGGAAUUGAUCGUGCCCCCUACGGAAUAUUUGUUGUUAACCCAAGAACAGGAGAAAUCAAUAUAACAUCAAUAGUGGAUAGGGAAGUAACCCCAGUAUUUGUUAUACGUUGCUUUGCUAAACACUCAAUGACCGGUGAAGAUUUGGAGCCACCUCUUGAACUUCGAGUCAGAGUUCUGGAUAUAAAUGAUAACCCUCCUAUAUUUGCACAAACUGUAUUUACAGGAUCUGUUGAAGAAUCCAGUAUGGACAACACACUAGUGAUGAAAAUAAUUGCAUCAGAUGCAGAUGAACCUAACCACUUGAAUUCUAAAAUCGCCUUCAAGAUAGAGAGUCAGGAACCUUCAGGUCCACCCAUGUUCAUUAUGAAUAAAUAUACUGGAGAACUCCAUCUUGCAAAUUAUCUUGACAGAGAGCAACAUAGUAGCUACACUCUUGUUGUGAAGGCAUCAGACCGGGAUGGAGCUGCAGAUGGAAUAUCAUCCCUUUGUAGCUGUAACAUUAAAGUUAUUGAUGUCAAUGACAACUUCCCAACGCUCGCUCAAAGCUCUUUUUCAGCAAGUAUUUCAGAAAAUUCACUCAGUUCAGAACUGCUACGAAUACAAGCUCUGGAUGCUGACGAAGAGUUUACAGACAAUUGGUUAGCAGAGUUUUUCUUUAUAUCUGGUAAUGAAGAUAACUGGUUUGAAAUUGUUACAGAUCGAGCUACAAAUCAAGGAAUCCUUAGAGUAAUUAAGGAACUGAAUUAUGAACAUCUCCAAACUCACUCACUGAUUAUUGGUGUCAGGAACGUAGCUGCCUUCCACCAUUCUAUUGCAAAAGACUUCCGAAUGAGUGGAACACCCCUCACAAUAGAAGUAAAAAAUAUGAUUGAACCACCAAAAUUUCAACCAUCUUCAGUUGUGUUUUCUUUAUCAGAAAGCAAAAAAGUGAAUUAUAUUUUGGGAACAUACACAGCCAUUGAUGAGGACACCGGACUUACUGCAUCAAAUGUUAUAUAUAGUAUAGGACGUGAUCCAGGUGCCUGGUUCAGAAUCAAUCAAAACACUGGUGAAAUCAUGCUGAACAAAGUUAUUGACCGGGAUUCAGUCUAUGUAACCAAUGGGCAGUACAGAGCAGAGGUUCUGGCUAUCACCAGAGGGGCUCCUCGAUAUACUGCUACUGGCACCAUUGUGCUUUCACUUCAAGACAUGUAUGACAAUUGCCCAAGUAUUAACACCGAAUUAAGGAAAGUAUGUAUGCAUUCCCCAUCAGUGAUUAUCACAGCAAAGUAUAUGGAUGGUCACCCAUAUAGUGGUACCCCCUUUACAUUCAGCAUACAUGGUGAACCUCAAACUACAUGGAUUAUCAGAUCAAUAAAUGCUUCUUCUGCACAACUAAUGAGUCAGAACAUUGACUUUUACAUUUAUAGGAUCUAUAUCAGUGUAAGAGAUAGCCAAGGCCGACGCUGCCCUAAACCACAUGUAAUUCCUGUGCAAGCUUGUCAGUGCGAUAUUCAUAAUUACUGCACCAGUGGGGCCACGAAAAUAAUUGUCAUUGGUGAUGGUGAAGGUGAAAGAGACCAACACGGUGGUUAUUAUGACUAUCGACCUGAAGAAGAACCUAAGGAAUCCACAGACUGGCAGGGUUACACUGUUGACUACAGUGACGGUCAAGGAUAUACUGCAGCCACUGAUGAUACUUUUAAUGGAAAUGAAAAUUAUGGCACAAAUACUCUAUCUUCUACCACACUCAGUGGUGCUGCCAUUGGCCUGAUGUUUCUUGGUGGAUUAAUAUUUGUUCUGAUUCCAAUUUUGAUGUCAAUGAGCGACUGUUGUGGCUGUGGACCUGGCGCUGCAGCUGGAGUUGGAACUGGAUUUGAACCUGUACCUGAAUGCACAGAAGGAGCAAUUCAUCCAUGGGGAAUAGAAGGUGCACAGCCUGAAGACAGGGAUGUCUCACACAUUCUUGCCCCAACAACAGCUGCAGGAGGUGAUUUUGGUGAACCCUCCGACAUAUAUACAAACACAUAUGGAGGAGGAGGAGUAGUAGCUUCUGGUGUUGAAGAAACUACAGGGGUUGGCUAUGGCACUGGUACUGGUUACGGAACAGCUGGAGGAAUUUCUGGAACAGGGGAAGCAAAAGGGUCAGUUGGAGGAACAAUAAAAGAGUAUCGAGAAGGAGGGGUGAACAUGGCCUUCCUAGACAACUACUUCUCUGAGAAAGCAUUUGUGUAUGCAGAUGAAGAUGAAGGUCGGCCAGCAAAUGACUGCCUAUUAAUAUAUGAUCAUGAAGGAGUCGGUACUCCUGUUGGCUCUGUGGGUUGCUGCAGCUUUAUUGGAGAAGAUACAGACGAAACAUAUUUGGAUACACUAGGACCAAAAUUUAAGACUCUGGCAGAGAUCUGUCUGGGCAAAGAGAUCGAACCUUUCCCUGAUGUCAACCCACCCUGGCCAUGCGUUAACGUCAACUUUCCCAACCCUGAAAGUGAUCUAAACCUCCCACCACCUGGAACCACCAUCGUUGUCAAUGGAUGCGCACCUAUGCCUCCCCCGACUGGCACUACAACAAUUGUUACUGAAAACACCUACACAUCUGGGUCAACCAUACAGCCCUCAAGGCCGAUGCCAGAUCCUUUGCUCCACGGCAACAUGACGGUUACUGAGACCUUCACCUCUGGCUCCCCAUCUCUUUGCGUCGACCCUCUGCGUGCAUCCAACGUUGUUGUAACGGAAAGGGUUGUUGGUCCUGCAUCUGCCUCUGAUUUGCGCGGCAUGCUAGAUAUCCCCGAUCUCACAGAUGGGUCCAACGUUAUCGUCACGGAAAGAGUAAUCGCGCCUAACUCCCGGCUCCCGACCUCUCUGAGCAUUCCUGAUUUGGUAGACGGGUCGAAUGUGGUGGUGACAGAAAGGGUGUUCCGGCCUGCCUCCGGCAUGCCAGGCAGCUUAAUAAAUAUUCCCUCGGAGUUAUCGAACACCCACAACGUGGUGGUCACCGAGAGGGUAGUGUCAGGGUCUGGGAUGAGCAGCCUGGGGGGGGCAAAUCUGGGGGGCCUGAGCAGUGCGGGUCAGAUGCUCAGCGCCGACAGUCACCUUGGCCAGGCAAUGGGCACGGCGUCCCCCGGUACCUCCCGGAGAAGAGUGACAAAGUACAGCACCGUGCAGUACUCCAAUCAGUAA